CUGUCAAGUCUAGAGAGAGUCCAAGUGUCAAAUUUUACUAGUUCGUCGUUCGGUGGCUUGCGUUACUUUCCAAGAAAUCUUUGCAAUUUUCCCAAAAGUUCCGCAUCCAAUUCAACCGAAAUUGGCCGAUAAACGUUUGUUAGGUUGUCGCGAUAGCGCGGAGGUGCCCAUAAUCCAUACGCGAGCGGCGAUUUCCCUGAAAAUUGCAUCUUUUGGGAAGUGCGUUUGUGAAUGAAUGCGACGGUAAUGACGGCGGCAGUGGCGGCGACUAUGGCGACGGCGGCUUCGCUCAAUUUAGUCCGUUGUUUGUGAAAGAUAUGUCGCGGUAUUGCAGCGACAGCGUAGUAAAAUCCGAGAAAAGUUCAUUCAUCGCUUUUUGCGCUAGUUCGUUGUUUGUAAAUAAAUAGUGAGUGCAGACGUGCGGCAGCAAUUGCAACCGCGAGUGCAUACGGUCAGCGUGCGAUCGGGACGGUGCGGGCUCCUUUGAUUGCUGGUUUCGGUGCAGUGUUUGGUGGCCAGAAAGCGGGAGUGCAACAGUCCAGGAGCCGUUCGGGCGCUGUGGACUUGGAGCAAUCCACCGGCCAGGCUAGCGUCAGCGAGCUUGCUAGCUUCCACCGUCCGAAUACCGUUUUCGGGCUCUCCGCGUGUUCUGUUUUUCUUUCGCGUUCUUCAUUGUUUGGUUUACGGUCUGCACUCGCCUUCCUGACGUCUUUGGUAUUUAUAUAUCAGCGGAUUCCCGUCUUGGAAUCUCACGUCGCGUCUAGGGCGGAAUCGGUGCGGGGCGCGGGCUCGGCGUCAAGCCAGCCGCCCAGAUUUGUUGCUCGGUGCGAUCGGCUAAUCCCCAAAAACAGCCCCAACAUGGGAUCGCUUCGGUCGCGAGUGUUUUUGAUUUAUGUUGUUGCGCCCGCGACGGUGCUGCUGAUGUUGCUUGGAUCGAGCAGCGGUGCAGUGGUGAAGACGCAACCGGUGGAGUGCGAGUCGUACAGCCUGCAGAAGUGCAAGACGGAGGGACAGUGCAAUGUCACCAUGGUGAAAUGUGAAAGUGAUUCGGACAAGCCGAGCAAUUGCUUUGUGCUGUGGUCAAAUUCAACAGGGAGUACGGUAAUCGAGAUGAAAGGAUGCUUUUCAAACAAUGUUGCAUGCGAUCAGAAUGAAUGCAUCGACCAUUCAGUGGAGCAGCGGAAUAAUUUGAAUUUUUGUUGCUGUAAGGGAUUCCAAUGCAAUUCACAACACAAGUGGAUACCGACGACCACGGUGCCUACCGAGAUUGAGGUGCCACAAAAGAACACACUGGACAGUGCGGCUAUAAUCGGCAUUGUUCUAGCAAUUGGAAUUGUUAUUUUAUUAAUAGUAAUUGGCGCUGUCUACAUACUGAAGCAAAGGAAGCCUUCACGGUUUGACUCACUGUCAUCGCACGAACCAGAGCCAAAUAGCUCAUCUCCAUGUCUUGAUAAGAGACAAAUUGAUUUAAUUCAGGAGAAGGCUCGCGGUCGGUUCGGAACCGUAUGGCAGGGUCAAAUGAAAGCCGAGGAGGUAGCUGUGAAGAUAUUCCCCAUGCAAGAUAAGGAAUCUUGGCAGAAGGAACAGGAUAUCUAUAAGCUUCCUCGACUGAAACAUCCAAACAUACUAGAAUUCAUCGGUGCUGAAAAACACAUGCAAGACUUUUGGAUCAUUACUGCUUAUCACAGCAACGGAUCGCUUUGUGACUAUCUCAAAUCCCACACAAUCACCUGGAUGGAAUUAUGCAAAAUUGCAGAGUCGAUGGCACGUGGUUUGAUGCAUUUGCACGAAGAGAUCGGAGGUGGGACCAAAGGUGACGAUCUAAAGCCAGCCAUUGCACAUCGUGACUUCAAAAGUAAAAACGUUUUAUUGAAAGAUGACUUAACGGCGUGCAUUGCUGAUUUCGGUUUAGCGAUGAUUUUCGAACCAGGAAAACCGUGCGGUGAUACGCAUGGUCAAGUGGGGACAAGACGCUAUAUGGCACCUGAAGUUUUAGAGGGCGCUAUUAAUUUUACACGAGAUGCAUUUUUGAGAAUCGAUGUUUAUGCUUGUGGUUUAGUACUAUGGGAAAUGGUUUCAAGAUGUGACGCUCAUGGUGGAUCAGUUGCAGAAUACACAUUACCAUUUGAAUCGGAGUUGGGACCUCAUCCAACCCUUGAACAGAUGCAAGAGAAUGUAGUUAUGAAGAAAUUGCGACCGAGAAUCAAUGAAAAAUGGAGAACGCAUGCGGGUCUUAGUGCAAUAUGUGAUACAAUGGAAGAAUGUUGGGAUCAUGAUGCCGAAGCGAGAUUGUCAUCGUCAUGCGUGAUGGAGCGCGUUUCUCAGCACAAUCGCUACCCCACAACACCGCUUCUGAUCGAAACCAAUACGGAUACUCCAGUUAAAGAUUCCUCAUAUAGUAUAUAGGACGAUUUAAGAUUUAAGAAUAUAAAGAAUUUCAGUGCAGACUUUUUUUUUAAGUAGAAGAAACCAGGAAGGUAAUGAGAACCUAGAAAUCAAUACAACAGAAUAUAUUUAGGAGGAAUAGUGCAGGAAGCAAAAGUAACCAGAAAAUGUUAAAGAGAUUCGUAGGGUGGUGAAAAGGUUGAAGUUUAUUGAGAAAUGUUGAUGAUUUUUAACAGUGAAUAGAAUUAUAAAGAACAAAUAACAAUGAUAACAAUUGUCUUGUUUUAGGACGAAAAGACGCAUGUGUAUUUUGAUGGUAGGAUUGUUUGUGUUUGACAGUUAUCUUCCGGAAUUUCAGACUGUUCUAUCGUUAAUUAUUGGGUUGCAUUGCUAAACCUCAUUUUUAAGACACGAAAAAAAACAGAAAAAACUGCUGAGGCCAAAUACAAUUCUUGAUUAAAUAGAAUUUCGUAGAUUCUCUCAGUAACAAACAAAAAUCUCAACAAUGGAGUAAAUCAUGCAAAUGCCAAUUUUUACUGGACCUGAUUAAUUUUACAAAGUACAUAAUUUAUUUAUUAACGGAUCAACACAACAACUUAUAUUUAAAAUAGUAACAAAUAGACUUGCCUUAGUGUCAAAAUACCGUUGUUGAAUGAAGGAAAUUAGAAGAUGAAAAUUGAAAGUUUUUAUAUUGUCUAUGGAGAUGGAGGGAGUGAAGAGUAUUAAAGAAAUUGAACAAAAAAAAGAAAAGAAGGAUUUAUUUUUCUCAACCACAAUUAUUCAAUAUCUUGUUUACUGUAUAAACUUUCUAUUAUUGAAUAUAUGCGUAAUAUGUUUGUUUGUUCGCUAUUUACAUUUAAACACAGGAAAAUAGACACAAGAAUUUCAUAUCGAAGCGAAAUAUGUUAGUAUAUUUUUUAUGAGUAACUAAAACUGUUGUAUUUACGAAAGCGAUAUUUUUGUAUAUAGAUCCACUAUAAAUAAGCGUAAGACGUAAAUAACAUAAGGGUUUCUUCCGCGCGCUCCCCCGGGGGGCAGUAAAACUUGAUGAGUAGACAGUGGAAUUGUAUUUGGCCGAAAUGGAAAGUUUGUGACGGUUGAAAGUCACUGAAAACUUCACUUGUUGAGUUAUCGAAUUUUUACCAAAGUCUCGUGACAGUUCAACUUGCAUUUCAUGUUUUUAUAAUUCUUCCGUUUUAAUUUAACUUUCUUCCAGACUAAGGGAGAAAAUGUUGUAAUUUUUAGGAGUGCUAAACGUAUUUUUAAAAACAUUGACUAGAAGAUAGUAGGACAUAACACAUAUUUUAGAGAUAAUUAAUGACUGCCAUUUGUUGAGCGAGAGACGAAAUUUUUGUUUUUCCGUUCAAAAACAAGAACGUGCAAGCGGAAAAGUAGGAGUGAAAACUAAAAUUUUAGAUAGUUAAGUGCGAAUAUGCUAAAUAGAGACUAACAUAACCUGCAAUACGAUAAACAAGAACCGAGGAUGAGAGUAAGGAAUAGGAAAAUAUUAAAACAGAAAAGGAGAAAAUAAUACAGUAAUCAGUAAUUUAUACACCCCCAAUAUAUUGUCAUCUAGUUGUAGUGGUUAGAUGUUAAUUGUAAUGUUUUUUUUUCUUUAUUUUUUCUCUCUCUUAAGAUUGUAACGUUUAACAUAAGACUAGGAACCACUAAACAAAGAAAUAGGGAAAGUUAUGGUCAAUUCAAUGCACGACCGACUUUCUUACGAUCUUAGACGAUAUGAGAUGAAAACGAUAAGACUUUAUUGCAUAUUUUUUGAUAUAUAUGUGCCAAAACUUCGAAGCGAAUGCAAAGCAAAUGAGAAAAAAAAAAUAUAGAAAUAGAAUACAAAAACAAGAAAUAGAACAAGUAUAAAAACAAAUUAGUAAAAACAAAAAUAUGUGUAAUUACCCCUGAUUUAUGAAAGUAACGAAUAGGUCAGAGAAGAUUUGAAAUAUAUUAUGAACUAUUGAAAAAACAAAA